CAACCAUUCACACUCACAUUCAUACCUAUGGACAAUUUGGAGUGGCUAAUUAACCUAGCAUGUUUUUGGAAUGUGGGAGGAAACCGGAGUACCCGGAGAAAACCCACGCAUGCAUAAUUAGUCUUAAUAAUGUACAGUAGAUUAAUUGUUUAGGUGAAGAUUAACUACAAGAAAAAUAGAGUCAAAUGUGCUCUGAAUAACAACCAUGUCCCCGUGUUGACCGGAACACGAUGUGACAAAGUAACUUUAACCCCGAAGCUUAUGCACGGUAGCAAACUAUUUUAGCAAAACAUUGGGAAUAUCAGCGUCUUCCUGCUUCCUGAAACAAUGGAGCACUGUGACGGAAUACACACAUGAGUGUUGUGUCUCGAGCCGAACUUGUCAGCAUGGAAUUUUACGACCUUCUGUUUGUCCUUCACAGCCACGGCAACAAUCCGACGGGAGCACACACUCCUCAGUCGUCACCCCUCUCGCCUCCUUCCACGCCCUCCUCCCUUCCCCCUUCAAGGCCAGGCAGACCCAAACCGCCACCUCCGACCGCAAAGACCUCCCAGCUCCCUUUCCGACCUCCUCAACCUCCUUCUUGUCCGUCGCUCCCUCCUGCGUGCAAACCCAACCCGCCUCCGUCGCCUCUCGUCCCCGAUACAUCGCCUCCUUCUCUCCCGCGACCUCUCUCCCCCGUCCCCAUCUCCGUGUCUCCCUCACCGACCCCGCAGACGUUUAACGCAGCCGACCUCCCACCCUGUUUAACUCCUCUUCCUUCACCCUGCAGCCCUCCCCCACUUGUCAUCCCACCUCCUUCUCCAACACCUCCGCUGCUGAGCUUUGUAGAUCGGCUGGUAGAAAGCGCUGCCGUGUGGUUGACUAAAGGACUGAACCAACAGCAAGUCAUUUGCAUCCUGGAAAAGGAGACGUCCGGGGCAUUCCUGGUUGAGAGUACUGACGACCAAAACAUGACGCUGUCCGUGCACUUGCCGGAGAAGCAGGAGACAUCGCCCGUGCAGCACCUGAAGGUCAAACAGCACAAGACGUUUCUUCACUUGGACGGUUCCACCCUAGUUUUCGAUGACAUCUACAAACUUCUCUCCUUCUACUGCGUCAGCAGGGACAUCCUGGCUGCACCACUGAAGUUACCCCGAGCCAUUACAUUGGCCAAACAGAGACAGGAACUGGAGAUCAUUGCUGCUAUGGGUACAGACUUCUGGACAUCAGAUAUGAAUGAGAAGACGAUGAGCCGGAUUCUGGAUUUGGAUCAGAGCCACAAUAAUUACAUGUAUGUCAACGCAGUCGCUUUGGAGGAGAAACACAACAAGGAAACGAAAAACUGUGACGAUUCCGCAGCAAAAAUCGAAACCCCUGAAAGCAUCGUAUUCUCCUUGCUUAAUGGAGAAUCCCUACAGAAGGAAACCCCAGAGAUGAAGACCGCGCCGAGCCGAGAUUCUAAAUUCAAGCGGCCUCCACCCAGGCCCCCCAGCUUGGGCACCGGGUCUGGCACGGGCCUCCUCUUUUCAUCUCCUCCCUUGGACAAAAGUUCACCUUCUUUAACAUCUGCAGCGGACAGAAUGGAGGAAGGAAGAGUGGGAGGAGGCGACAAAGAAGAGAGGAAGUCAAUGUUGACGUCACCUCCCCCGUUAAGGCCUCCUGUCCCACCGCAGAAUCGAGCCGGACCCCCUCUGCCUCCUGCACCUCUCCGGCACAGCUCCUCCAGGAACAGUACUGAUGGACUCGAGAAGGAACAAAAACGUGUGAGGGGAACAGAAACGGAAGGAUCGAGAGAGGAGGAGAAAACACAGCAGGGUGACGAUGCUGAACUAUUGAACAACAAAUACGUGAAAGUGAAAGAUAGAAAGGAUAAAGAAGGUGACAAGCAAUCCAGCCCUCAGACUUCAGUGAAGAAACCCACCCGACCGGUACCUCAGCCAAGGAAAAAAGUCUGGUCCUCGGAGAGACAUGGAAGUCCCAACCAGGCUCUAACAGCGUCAGCACAUCAGAAUGCCGGGAUGAAGGGAGGCCCUCCCGCCCCGGCAAAGCGGCCAGAUGUGUCACUGUACUCUCCUCAAGGGGGCACUGUCCUUGGAACCGACCCGGACUCCUACUCUAAUAGCAGCACUGAAGAAGAAGGAGAAACCAACCAGGAGCAAGAUCAAAACUCGAAUAACCUUUCAGAAAGCCGUGGACCCAAAGGAAAGCGAACAUCAACCACCAUCAUGUUGGACAAAGCUCGUUCCCGCCUGUCGACUGUUAUUACCGGCCUCAUCAGUCACGAUCGGCGCCUCUCACAACGCAUCGUGGAGCUGGCCAGAGAUCCUCUGAGCUAUUUUGGUAACCUGGUGAAAGAGCAUCGCACCUUCACCCUCGAGACCAUGUCCAAGCACUCCACGUCCACUGAGCUGUUACAGGAGAUGAGGCAGAUGAUGACUCAGCUGAAGAGUUACCUGCUCCAGAGUACUGAGUUGCAGGCCAUGAUGGAGCCACAGCAUCAGUAUUCACAAGACAAACUGGAGAGCAUUGUGGAAGCAGCUCUAUGUAAGAGUGUGCUGAAGCCACUGAGGGAGCCGAUUUACAACAGUUUGGAGAAACUGCACAGCAGCAAUGGCAGCCUUAAGCAAAUGGCACAGAACCAGUCUAUCGUUCUUGGAAGUACCACCACAGCUCUAGGGGUUACCACUGCCGUCCCCGAAGCCUCAGCAAUGGAGAAGAUUAGCAUCAAACUUAGCAAUCUCCAUCUUGAAUACUCUCCACAAAAGAAGAUUGAACUGUUGCUGAAGGCCUGUAAGAUCAUCUAUGACUCCAUGUCUGUCAGCUCUCCAGGGCGGGCCCACGGAGCUGAUGAUUUCCUGCCUGUAAUGAUGUACGUCCUGGCUAGAUCGAAUCUGGCAGACUUAAUGCUGGAUGUGGAAUACAUGAUGGAGUUGAUGGAUCCCGCACUAACAAUAGGAGAAGGUUCGUAUUAUUUGACAACCACCUUCGGGGCUCUUGAGCACAUUAAGACGUUUGACCAACAGAUGUCAGCACCACGACAGCUCAGUCGGGAGAUUCAGGACUCCAUCCAACGUUGGGAGAGACGACGUACGUUCAACCAGGACGGUUGUGCCCAAAACUCUGUUCAGGACUUUUUGACAGUGUGCUGUCCUGAAAUCGGAAGUAACCCCAAAACGUUGGGCGUCUUUCCCACCACUACGGUGCAACAGCUGGCUGAACAGUGUGCCUCACGCUUCCAACAAGACUCGUACAUGCUUAGCAUCCACAUAGAUGGUGUCCUUCGGUCCCUGGACGAUACAGAGCUGGCGCUGACUGUGAAGAACAACUGUCAACCGGGAGCAUACUGCUUCAUCUAUCACCCCAGGGACCAACCCAGCAAGCCGUCAGGACGCACGUGCCCCACCGGUCCGCCCCCGCGACCGCCCCCGCAGAGCAUUUUACCAACCCGGGAAGCAGAGCCAAGUCUGAUUAGCUUGUAGCUGCAAUCGGAAGAUGUAAACCGAUGGAACAAAGUCAGCUCAGGUGUACACUGAAAACAUGACAAUCAGUUGAAUGUUCUUACAGCUAAUUUUGAUGCAUUUGUAUUUCUAAAGAUGGAGUCUGGGACUCUAAUCAUGUUUGUCUAUUUUUUAGUAUUAUUAUUUUUUACUGUUGUUAAACUUCCAGUGGUGUUUCCGGAAACUAUAGAAGGAGAAAAUAAUCCAUCAAGUCAGUAAUAUAGCAACUCUAGUUCAGGGGUUGGCAAACUUUUGGACCGGGGGGGGGCACACUAUAUAUUUUACACACAACAGUCCACCUGGAAUUAUUGUAUCUGUAAAAGUGUCAUGCAAUCUGCUAUAUGUGCACUUUGAAAUCAUUUAUUUGAUGUAAAGUGCGAUAUAAAUUACAUUUAUUAUUAUUAUUAUUAUUAUUAUGUGCUUGUGUCCCUUUUUUUCAGGAUCAAAUAACAAAAAUUGAUAAAACAGCUACUUCAACCAUCAAAAGGUUGGCUCAAGCCAUGAUGUUGAGUUGAAAUUAAAUACUUUGGAAAGAACGGGCGGGCCGUGUUCAAACACUCGGCGGACCGGAUGUGGCCCCCGGGCUGCAGUUUGCCCAUCAAUGCUCUAGUUAAGCGAAAAGUCGAUUACGCGAUCACUCCUCACUGGAGUUGGUGGGGUCGAGCACUUAAUCUAUCACAUUAAGAUGCACUAUGCGAGGAAGGCAUGUUUAUUAUUACCGUAUAUGAUUGAUCUGCUUUAUAUUUAUUUUCAUUUUUUAAAUAUAGUAUUAACUUGUUUAAAGGGACAAAGGGACCAAAGGUUUCGUUUCUGAUCCAUAAACCACAAACCGGAAUUCAUUAUGUUGAAAAUGAAGUGCCUUUGAUAAUUAAAUUGCUUGCAUUGAGGUCAAUGGCUAUUCUGUAUGUGCUUUCUGGAAUCUAAUAAUAAUAAUAGUAAAAUGCUAAAAAUGCUACAUGUGGCUACUUGAAGGUACAGUAAACCUCGGAUAUAUCGGAUUCAAUUGUUCCCACUGGUUUUGUCCGAUAUAA